GACAGAACAGAAUCAAACAUGAGUUCACUCCGAUUUCCCCCUCCACUGGUUUCGCCAUGGAAGAAGAAGAAGAAGAAGAACAACCACUCCCCAGGCUCCAACCAAACCUCUCUCCCUUCCAUGGCCGCUCUUCAAAAUUCAGACCAAAAACCAAUACUCCUCUCUCAUCUUCUUUCUUUCGCCCUCUCCGUAACCCUCAGCUCCCCCUUCCCUUCUCUCGCAAUCCCUUCUCUUAAUUCCCUGUCCUCUCCACUUUCUCCCACCACUCCAUUUUCUCAAUCCAAGAACUUACAAAUCGGACUAGAAAACGGGAAAAUUCGGCCCUGCCCAUCCACCAAUCCGGCCUGUGUCUCCACAAAUCCUAAAUCGUCAUCCUUCGCCUUCCCUUUAAGCAUUCCCGAAAAUUUUACUGAAAAUCCAAUUCAGAAGCUGCAGGAAGUGAUCCUCAAAACGCAGAGAAACGCAAAAAUUCAGGUGGUGGAAGAUACCCCAUAUGGCCUAAACAAGCACGCCAUAGCCGAUAAAUCAAGGGCAUUUCAGGGAUUUGAUUUAUGGCCACCACAGUCCAUCAAUUUUGACCAAAUCAUCCCUAGUCUCGCAACGCUCAAGGUAUUUCUUCCCCCACAAGGCCACACCUCCUCCAAACCCGAAACCAAAUUAUCCCGAUUCUUGACGUUCUCUUCCCAUCUCGGAGAAAUGGAUGCCGUAGAUUCAGUGGUCGAUCCCCUCAGAGAAUUCGCCAAGGACAGCGUUCGUCUCGUUAAGAGGUGUCACAAGCCUGAUCGCAAGGAAUUCACCAAGGUUGCCGUUCGUACCGCUAUCGGUUUCGUUGUAAUGGGAUUUGUAGGGUUCUUUGUCAAGCUAAUCUUCAUUCCGAUCAACAACAUCAUCGUUGGAUCUGGUUAGGUUAGGUCUUGAUGAAGUACGUAGGUGAUGGCGGCCGCAACCUGUGUUCACUGAGGAAUACCUAGCAUUUAGCUCUCCUUUAGAACUUCUUUUUAAUCCCCGUGCGUAAAUUGAGAAACCCCAGGAUAUGUGGAAAAUUUUCUUGUCACAUUGAAGAACUCACUUUUUUAUUUUUAUUUAAAUGUUCUAACAUGUUCUUUUGGUCUAAUAUUCGUCUGGAAAUUUGUUAUUCA